ACCUUCUAGAAAUUGAAGCCUACACUAGAAGCCUGCCUGAUUGCUUCAGGUUUAGACUCUCAGGCAGCAGUGAUGUUUCUGCAAGGACUGUCUUCUGUGUUCUCAGCCAUGGAUUAGAGAGAUGUUGGGGUUCCUGAGACCAGGGCUGAGGUGGAGAUGACCUCUCAUGGCCUUUCAGAGGAGGCUGGGCCUGUUGCUGACUGGCCUGACAGGAGGGCUGCUGCUCCUCCAGAACUGGGUGACACCUGCUCUGCCGACCUCUCUCUCAGCAUUGGCCCACCACCCCCACUUGUGCCAGACCACCUGGGAUGCUGAUGGCCGCCACUACCCCGGUUUCUUCUGUCCUCGGCUCUCUGACACCCCGGAGGAAGCCUACUGCUGCCACCUGCAGGCUGCAGGGGGCUACUGCUGCACCCGGGCUGAAUUUGAGGCCUUGUACCAGGUCAACCAGUCCGCCGUUCCGUCCCCACCCAUUCUCAGGGGCAGGGGCCCGCUCCUCGCCCUGAGCCUCUAUACCGUGCUGCUCGUGGCCCUGAUGACCGCCGACCUCGCGCACUUCUGCUGCGGUCGGGGCGCGGGCCGGCCGCCCUCGGCGUCCUCCGCCGCGCGCCCCCUGCAGGUCCCUGUGGGAACGGACUAGGCG